AAGCGCACGUUUCGACGUUUGAUAAACAACGUGUGAAGCAUCAUUUUCCGAAACAUGAUGGGAGCAAUUAAAAAGCGUUUUAGGAAUAAAUUCGACAAAAAAUUUAUCGGUAAAAACCAAAAAGUUAAACUGUAUAAAGAGAAAAACAGUAAGAUCGAACAAUUCAAAAAUGAAGUCGCUUCUUUAACUAGUCAAUACGAACAGUUUGAUUCACUAUCAACGGAAAAGUUUGAAGAUUUUCCACUAUCUGAAAAGACAAAAAGAGGUUUGAGGGACAGUAAUUACAUUACUCCAACUGAAAUACAAAAGGAAUCUGUUGGUUUAGCUCUAAAGGGUCAUGACAUCCUUGGUGCUGCUAAAACUGGAUCAGGCAAAACUUUGGCCUUCCUUUUACCUGUCCUUGAAAAACUGUACUGUCUAGGUUGGUCUAUGUUUGAUGGCCUUGGUGCACUUAUCAUUACUCCAACAAGAGAGCUUGCAUAUCAGAUAUUUGAAGUAUUAAAAAAGGUUGGAGUUUAUCAUAGUUUUUCAGCUGCAUUGGUAAUAGGAGGAAAAGAUUUGGAUAGAGAAAGGAAAGCUCUUGACAAGUGUAAUAUUUUAAUUUGUACUCCUGGUCGACUUUUACAGCACAUGGAUGAAAAUCCAAAUUUCGAUACUCUGAGCUUAAAAAUAUUAGUACUUGAUGAAGCAGACCGAAUAUUAGAUUUAGGAUUUCAGAAAUCGGUGAAUGCUAUUUUGGAAAAUCUACCUCAAGAAAGGCAAACUCUGUUAUUUUCAGCAACACAGACUAAAUCUGUGAAAGAUUUAGCAAGAUUAAGUUUGAAAAACCCAGUGUAUGUAUCUGUACAUGAACAUGCUAAGCACAUUACUCCUGAAAGUUUACAACAAAGUUAUGUUGUAUGUGAUGCGCAUGAUAAAAUGAAUAUGAUAUGGUCUUUCAUCAAAACUCAUAAGAAGCAAAAAAUUUUAAUUUUUAUGGCUAGUUGUAAGCAGGUUAAGUAUGCAUACGAAAGUUUUUGCCGUUUGCGACCUGGCGUUAGCGUUACGGCUUUAUAUGGAUCAUUACAUCAGCUACGAAGAAUGGAAAUUUAUGAUGAAUUUUGUAAGAAAAAUCAUGUAGUGAUGUUUGCUACAGAUAUUGCAGCUAGAGGACUAGAUUUUCCAAAUGUAAACUGGGUUGUGCAGUUAGAUUGUCCUGAAGAUGUUAACACCUAUAUUCAUAGAGCUGGUAGAACGGCAAGAUAUGAAAAGAAUGGUGAAGCACUUUUGGUUCUUUUACCUUCUGAGGCAAAAUCUAUGGUUGAACAACUUCGUAACAGAAAGAUUCCUAUUGAAGAAAUACAGAUUAAUCCGAAAAAAUUACAAUCAAUUCAGAAGAAAUUGGAAUUACUGUGUGGUCGGGAUGAAAGAUUAAAGGAUACUAGUCAGAGGGCAUUUAAGGCAUACUUAAAGAAUAUAUUUCUUAUGAAAGAUAAGACCGUAUUUGAUGUGAGUGCAAUAGAUUUUAAUUUAUAUGCUCAAUCUUUAGGCUUAACAACUGCUCCAAGAAUUCGUUUUCUUGAAAAACAUCUCAAAAAUCAGAUGCAGAAAAGUGAAACAACAGAAGAAAGCAACAGACUUCCAUCAGCUGUUAGAGAUAAUUUAUUUUUCAUGAAUGAAUCAGAUGAUGAAAGUGACAUUGGUGUUGAUCCAAAGGAAAACUAUCCAAUGAUUCUAGAUGGCAAUCCUGAAAUACUUGAAGAGAUUAAACCAAGAGCAUCUAAGCAACCAUUAACAAAAUAUGCCUUAGCCAAGAAAAUACUGAAAAAGGGAGUUUUGCCCAACACCAUUAUUAAGUUUGAUGAUGAUGGAAAGCCUGCUCAGACUGUGUGUGGUGCACCCAUUUUUACAUCAACUCCAGAACUUCAUGAAAAUAUUGGUGAAGGUUUUGACCUUGAAAGUUUAAAUGCAGACCUAAGUAAUGAAAAUGCUGAGGAUAAAGGAUGCUAUAAAGAACACAUAAUAAAACCCAAGCAUAGGAAAAAACGACUAGCUCUAAAGAAAAAGAGAUUAGAAAGUAGACCAGAAGGUGCAUCAGCAGUAUUGGAUGUUGCUGAGAAUGAGAAUGAAGCUUCUUCUGGCAAUGAUGAAUCAGAAGAUGAUAUUGAUCCAAAUAAUAUGGAGGCUUCUCAUAGUGAAACUGAUCCUGAAGAAUCUCGCAACUUUGAAGAUGCUGGAAGUAGUUCUGAAGAGUUCACCAUCCAAAAUGCUGCUGAAUCAGAUGGUGAACAUUCUCUGCCAUCAGAAAAUUCAUCAGAUAGAGAAGAAUCUGAAAAUGAAAAAUCAGAAGAGGAAGUGCGAAUGAGGAAUAAAAGAAAACAGAAAUCAAAUAAUAUGGAAAGAAAAACGAAAAAACAACGAACAGAUAAAGAUUACAGAAGACUAAUCAAACAGGAACGUACUAUUGAAGAUGACGAACAGCUGGCUUUGCAUUUUCUUUCCAAUACUUAAAUAAAAAUAUUUUUAGCAAAUUUUACUUAUAAAUUUGUAAAAUAAUGUGUAAAUAAAAUGUUAUUUAUUUA